GGCGGCUGAGGGCGCCGAGGGUCCGCGCUGUGGCCUCGAUCGUCCCGUGCGCGCCCGCCAGGCGCUGCGCCUGCUCGCAGCAGGGACCGGGCCAGUGCGCCGCAGACUCCCGGCCCCGUGGCGGCGGCGGGCAGCGCUGCCCGCUCAGGGGCGAUGCGCUGAGCGCAGGGAGGGCCGACCGCUCGGGCUACAGCGGCGCGGGGAGCAGCGCCCAUGGAGCCGGCGGGCCCUGGGCUGAGCGGGCAGGCCCCGCUGCCGCUGCUGCUGCUGCUGCUCCUGCAGGCGGCGGGCGCCCGGGCCGAGACCCUGCUGGACGCGCCGCGGGCCCGGGGCACGAGCUCCGUUCCGCCCAGCCCCGCCAGCGUGGUGGCGCCGGGCACGACGCCGUUCGAGGAGAGCCGACUGCCGGUGUUCACCCUGGACUACCCCCACGUGCAGAUCCCCUUCGAGAUCACCCUGUGGAUCCUGCUGGCCUCCCUAGCCAAGAUCGGAUUCCAUCUGUAUCACAAGCUUCCCACCAUAGUGCCUGAGAGCUGCCUGCUCAUCAUGGUGGGGCUUCUGCUGGGGGGGAUUAUCUUUGGAGUGGAUGAGAAGUCCCCCCCGGCCAUGAAGACGGAUGUAUUUUUCUUGUACCUCCUCCCACCCAUCGUGCUGGACGCGGGCUAUUUCAUGCCCACCCGCCCGUUCUUUGAGAACAUUGGCACCAUCUUCUGGUACGCUGUGGUCGGCACGCUCUGGAAUUCCAUUGGCAUUGGGGUGUCGCUGUUCGGGAUCUGCCAGAUCGAAGCCUUUGGCCUGAGUGACAUCACUUUGCUCCAGAAUCUUCUCUUCGGCAGCUUAAUCUCGGCUGUGGACCCUGUGGCCGUGCUUGCCGUCUUUGAGAACAUCCACGUCAAUGAGCAGCUCUACAUCCUGGUCUUUGGAGAGUCCCUGCUGAAUGACGCCGUGACAGUGGUCCUGUACAACCUGUUCAAGUCUUUCUGCCAGAUGAAGACCAUUGAGACCGUUGACGUGUUUGCUGGCAUCGCGAACUUCUUUGUCGUGGGGAUCGGUGGGGUGCUGAUCGGCAUCUUCCUGGGCUUUAUAGCGGCGUUUACCACGCGCUUCACACACAACAUCCGCGUGAUCGAGCCACUCUUCGUCUUCCUGUACAGCUAUUUGUCCUACAUCACGGCCGAGAUGUUCCAUCUCUCAGGCAUCAUGGCAAUCACGGCCUGUGCGAUGACCAUGAAUAAGUAUGUGGAAGAGAACGUGUCUCAGAAAUCCUACACGACCAUCAAGUACUUCAUGAAGAUGCUGAGCAGCGUCAGCGAGACCCUGAUCUUCAUCUUCAUGGGCGUGUCCACCGUGGGGAAGAACCACGAGUGGAACUGGGCCUUUGUCUGCUUCACCCUGGCCUUCUGCCUGAUCUGGAGGGCGCUGGGUGUCUUCGUCCUGACUCAGGUUAUUAACUGGUUCCGGACAAUUCCCCUGACCUUCAAGGACCAGUUCAUCAUUGCCUAUGGGGGGCUCCGGGGGGCCAUCUGCUUCGCGCUGGUGUUUCUCCUGCCGUCCUCAGUGUUCCCCCGGAAGAAGUUGUUCAUCACGGCAGCAAUCGUGGUCAUAUUCUUCACCGUCUUCAUCCUGGGAAUAACUAUCCGACCACUGGUGGAGUUCCUUGAUGUUAAGAGGUCCAAUAAGAAACAGCAAGCUGUCAGUGAGGAAAUCCAUUGUCGGUUUUUUGAUCACGUGAAGACCGGGAUUGAAGAUGUUUGUGGUCAUUGGGGUCACAACUUUUGGAGAGACAAGUUUAAGAAGUUUGAUGACAAGUACCUGCGGAAGCUUUUGAUUCGGGAGAACCAACCCAAGUCAAGCAUUGUAUCUUUAUACAAAAAGCUUGAAAUAAAACACGCCAUUGAGAUGGCAGAAACUGGGAUGAUAAGCACUGUUCCUUCUUUUGCAUCUUUAAAUGACUGUCGUGAAGAAAAAGUAAGGAAGCUCACACCUGGUGAAAUGGAUGAAAUCCGAGAAAUAUUGUCAAGAAAUCUCUAUCAGAUCCGUCAGCGAACCUUGUCCUACAACCGACACAAUCUGACGGCGGACACAAGUGAGAGGCAGGCCAAGGAGAUCCUGAUCCGCCGGCGGCACAGCCUCCGGGAGAGCAUUCGGAAGGACAGCAGCUUGAACCGGGAGCACAGGGCUUCCACUUCAACCUCCCGAUAUUUAUCCUUACCCAAAAAUACAAAGCUUCCAGAAAAGCUACAGAAGAAAAAGAAUGUUUCUAAUUCAGGUGGCAACAGCAGCGACUCCGACCUGGAGGCGGGGACCACGGUGCUCAACCUGCAGCCUCGGGCCAGGCGCUUCUUGCCAGAACAGUUCUCGAAGAAAGCCCCCCAGGCCUAUAAAAUGGAGUGGAAGAACGAGGUGGACAUGGAUUCCAGGCAGGAUCAACCCCGCAGCUCUCCAGCUGCCCACAGUAAAGAGGGGUGCCCCCAGACCCGGGGUGUGCUCUGCCAGCCCCUCCUCUCCAAAGGCCACUUUGGCUCCGUGCGGGGUGACCGUGUCCACGAAGGCAACCGACCCAAGCCGCCCCCCAGGCUGGUCCGAAGGGCCUCGGAACCUGGAAACCGGAAGGGUCGAUUUGGGAGUGAGAAGCCUUAAUGGAAAUGGCCAAAGCAGACCUGGGGGGAAUGGCCCCGCCCAGCUGUGGCGUGUUACCUAGCAACCUGACACAGCAACGGAAUCCACUUAAACCCUCUAUGCAUUUAAAUACUGUCCUUAGGUAGAAAUCAUGCCAGUGGCCAGUGAUCCAUGGGGCAAAUGGUCACCCCAGGAAGAAGAAAGUCAAAGAAAAGUCCCCUAUAGUGUCUUUGAUGACUUAUUGCUGGCAAUUGUGUUCUUUGCAAGCCUAAAGAGAGGAAAAAAAAAAUCACAAAAAACAGUUGUGCCUUUAUUGAACUUGAAGGACAGAACUUGAAAUUUUUAACACACCCUUGUUGGUGAAAGUUUAAUAUAUACAUAUAUGCCUCAGAUUUUAUUUAUGAAAAAAUAUGUAUAUCUGUAAUUAGUUUUUCAGUGAAUGGCACUAAAAAUACUCAGAACACCUUUCCACGGCGUCCAGGGCAGCUUCCACAGGAUGGGGGCCAGGUCAUCAGCUCCGGAUGGUGGGGUGUUUCCUGAUGAUUCUGAGCUGAUGGCUGUUGGUUAAGAAAGAUCACAGCAUGGAGCAAAGAUUCCUGAGGACGCCAACAGCCAGAACACCUGGGCGGACGAGGCCUCGCUGCCAGACUGUAGGUCCUCUGAAGUUGUGAGAGUUGGCUGGUUUUUAAUGUGUUCCUCAUUCUACUGUUUGUGGGCGAUGUACAGAUUCCAUCUCCCCGUCGUGUUUAAAUGGUACCAAGAGAAGCGUGGAAGGUGUGGGUGGAACCAGCUUACACUGUAUGACAGACUCAGGGCCAGUGUGGGAUGGGACUUGGCCUCGUGCUGGGCGAGGGGUGACAGGACAGUGCCUGUUUGCAGCUGGCUGGCGGGUUUUGUGCAAUACUUGGGGGACGGUGCAGGAGAUCCCCUGUCACGCCCAUCUGCGACCACCUGCUUUAGGAUUUUUCUGUAGAACAUUCUAGAACUUUGAAUCCAGGACAGAGGCUCCAAGCAGACAAGGAUAAAGGUUGAGAUAAAUGAUAUUCCGACCCUUAACAAACUGGUGGGGAUUUGGGUUUUUAAUUUCACACAGGACGCACUUUGGAGAAUGUGGGAGUUCUAUUUUUUUUUUUUUUUACACUAGUCUAAUUUGUUACCUCUCCCCUGUCAAGAAAGGAGUAGCUCAAAUUCUUCAUAUAAAAGUGAAUUCUACUCAUCUGAGUACUUUUUAAAAGUACAGCAGAAAGACUAGAAAUGGAACAUAACCAUUAAAGAUUCAUAUUGGAAUCGCUCAGACUGUAGAUUUUAUUGGCCUGUCAUUUUCCCCUGAAAAACCUUUCUAUAAAAGGUUGACUUGAACAUUUCUGGGGUUUAGGUAUGAAAUGAAGCCACUCUCGACGGAUUCACACUGGAGAGCCAUUUGCUGUGUCUCGCUCUUGGAGACAUAGCAAAGGAUACAAGUGACCACAUAUAAUUGCUGGAAAAACAAGGAUAAAUUAAAAGGAAAGAUCCGGUACUUAGAAAUUCUCAGGCUUAGCUUUCUUCUACCCUCACUGACGUGGAGAAGUAAAUCUUCUACCCUUUUUUCUCAUGUUCUAAAAUCUUGAGCACUGCUGGAUUGUUCAGCAUGAGGCAGAGGGAAGGGUAAACACACAAGGUACAAGUGUAAAAAGAGCAUGCUUUCUUCCCCAAACUCUCCCAGGUUGAUUGGUGGAAAGCAAUGUAGACACAAUUUAAAGACUACAAGCUUAGGACUCUGUGCCAAAAUUCUUAGUUUUAAAUGGAAAUAUUUAUAUAAAAAGUAUAUAUUUCAUCUGCUGGAAAUAAAUUAGAGCUGAAUUUUAAUGAAGAAUCUUUAUUAUAAGAUUAUGAUUCAUCAAGAGAUAUGAUAUAUAUUUUUGAGAAUUUGAAGAGUAAGUUACCGUUUAUGAAAUCUGAAAUGGAAAGUUGAAAUGUAAAAUAAUAACCUUAAAAUAAAUGUCCUGAUUUUUCCUGGUGUCCAAGAUUAAUAAAUAUCACAAGGAGUCUAAUGUUCUGGAACUAAAGGAGAAAACCUAAAAAUGUUUAUUAGAUACUUCUUGUUAAGCACAUAGACCAAAUUCAGCUUUCAUUAAUUAAAAGUCAGAUUAAAAACAAA